AUGAGAAUAUUUCAACUAAAAACUGAAACUGAUGGAAUCAAUGGCAAAGGUCAACAAUGUCUUACUUAUUAUUAUUAUAUGCCUGUUACUACUGAUAAAAUCAUCAAUAUCCGUCAAGAAGAAGUAGAUGGUGGAAGCGUAAUCAUUGAUUCUGUUACAAGUAGUCCAUUCAAUGGUUGGAUAGUGCGCAAAGUAUCAUUCAAUGCAGAAGCACCCGGUUAUAAAAUCUAUUUCGAAGUACAACGAACAAAUGGGUUUCAAGCACCUAAUGUUGGACUUGAUGAAAUAUCAAUACACCAAGGCAGUUGUGAAGAUGAGCCAAUUACUGUUACGCCGGCAACAACACCAACUACUACUCUAACAGACCCUCUUUCAACAACAACAAUAACAUCAACGACAUUGACAACACCAACAAUAACAACCAAUAUAAAUUACACGACAACUGUUGAUAAUGCAUCACCUGAUGACAAAAAGACGUUAACUAUUGUUUUGGCUACUGUAAUACCUACUGUUUCAAUUAUAUUAGCUGGCAUUAUUAUAUGGUUAAAAAAGGCAUCUUUAAAGAAUUUUUGUGCUCGUAUUUUCCGUAGAUCAUCUGGGAAUAAUCAAAGUGGAUUAUCAGCAACUGUUUUAGAACUUAAUCGUGUUGUACCGGCUUAA